UUGUUUUAUCAGUAAUUAUAUUAUUAUUGUUUUAUUUACAAAAAAAUGAGUCGCGAAGUAUUGGGGCCUCCUACACAGCGCAUGAGCCAUAAUCGCAGAUAUCGCGUUAAUGUUGUGCAUGACGAUUUUGGUGGCAAUAAGUGGAGGAGCAGCAACAAUCAAAAAGCCAGCGGCUAUGUGGAGCCCGAUCUUUAUGGGGAAGACGACUAUGAUGAGGAUGGCGCCGAUGAACUUAUAACGGAACUGCCCAAUGGUGGCUUUAAGCUGGCCAUGCAUGUGCCCCAAUCUUUCUAUGGCGGCCUAAUAGGCUUCAAGGGUACCACCAAGCGGCGCAUUGAGACUGAAACACAGACGGAGAUCUAUGUGCCACGACAAAAUGAUAAUUCCAGUGAGCUGUCGAUUAAAUCCAGGGAACGCAGCAACUGCAUAAGUGCUUGGCGUAAAAUACGCUUGCUUACAGAUUCACUGCGCAAGCGGAUGAGACCAACACAUUUUCUGGCUGUGCCAUUGAACAGUGGUCCAGUGCAGGAGGCCUUUAAGGAGCUCAAAAAAAGCAUUUUGGAGGCACAGCUGCCAGGCAUUGAUGAGGCCUUUUUUAUGCCGGAAAAGUGUGUGCAUUUAACGCUGGGAGUCUAUGUGCUGUUGGAUGAUAAUGAACGCAAAAGAGCAGUGGAGCAGCUGGAGAGUUGUCGCCAGUUUCUAGCCAACUUGGGCACACAAUUACAGCUCACAAUCAAAGGUCUGGAGAUAAUGAACGAUGAUCCAAGCUCAACUAAAGUUCUCUACGCUUGUGUGGAGUCACCACAGUUGCAGGAUUUUGCGGACAAAUGCUUGGGGCAUUUUCAGUCCACUGGACUCUGCGCCACAGAUAAUAUUGAUCGUACGAGUGUUAAGCUACAUAUGACAGUGAUAAACGUACGUUAUGGCAAGGAGUCGAAUAAGAAAAACGAGAGCUACUCAUUUGAUGCGCGUGAAAUUCUUAAACGCUUUGGCGACUAUGAUUUUGGCACCGCUCAGUGUAGCGAAGUGCAUUUAUGCGUAAUGAAAUCGGCCAAGGAGGAGGAAGACUUUUAUAAAAUCACAGGAAGUCUAAAAUUUUAAAUACAUAAAUAUUC